GAUUCCUACAGAUAUUCGUGAAAAUGCAACGCAUAUUGUACUCUUCAGUGGUGAAGAUUCAAUACGAAAACUUGCUGACAUUAUAAGUUCUUAUACAGAUGCUGAUCUGCACAAAGCUUCAAAGGUCCUCGAUG